AUGCAGAGGUGCUGCUGCAGCAGCGUGCUGCAGCAGCAGCAGCAGCAGCAGCAGCAGCAGCAGCAGGGGAUGAGGGCCCCUCUGCUCUUGAUAUACAACUGCAGCAGCAGCAGCAGCAGCAGCAGACAACAGCAGCGGCAGACAGCAGCAGCAGCAGCAGCUGCAGCAGCAGCAGCAGCAGCAGAAACAAACGAAUACAGAAAACAGAAACUAAGACACAGCGUCAUCAACGAACAAACAACAAAAACAGCAGCAGCAGCAGCAGCAGCAGCAACAGCAGCAGCAGCAGCAACAACGGCAGCAACAGCAGCAGCAGCAGCAGCUACAGCAGCAACAGCAGCAGCAACAGCAGCAACAUGA